AUGCACACUCGUUGCCAACGCUUACACGUUGGCAGGUCAGUAAGGACAUGGGGCAGGUCAGCCAGCCGCCAAGCCAGAGUCAGCAGGGCUGCCAGCCGCCAAGCCAGAGUCAGCAGGUCAGCCAGCCGCCAAGCCAGAGUCAGCAGGGCUGCCAGCCGCCAAGCCAGAGUCAGCAGGGCUGCCAGCCGCCAAGCCAGAGUCAGCAGGGCUGCCAGCCACCAAGCCAGAGUCAGCAGGGCUGCCAGCCGCCAAGCCAGAGUCAGCAGGGCUGCCAGCCGCCAAGCCAGAGUCAGCAGGUCAGCCAGUGCCAAGCCAGAGUCAGCAGGGCUGCCAGCCGCCAAACCAGAGUCAGCAGGUCAGCCAGCCGCCAAGCCAGAGUCAGCAGGUCAGCCAGCCGCCAAGCCUGAGUCAGCAGGUCAGCCAGCCGCCAAGCCAGAGUCAGCAGAGCUGCCAGCCACCAAGCCAGAGUCAGCAGGGCUGCCAGCCACCAAGCCGGAGUCAGCAGGGCUGCCAGCCGCCAAGCCAGAGUCAGCAGGGCUGCCAGCCACCAAGCCAGAGUCAGCAGGGCUGCCAGCCGCCAAGCCAGAGUCAGCAGGGCUGCCAGCCGCCAAGCCAGAGUCAGCAGGGCUGCCAGCCACCAAGCCAGAGUCAGCAGUGUUGCCAGCCACCAAGCCAGAGUCAGCAGUGUUGCCAGCCACCAAGCCAGAGUCAGCAGGGCUGCCAGCCGCCAAGCCAGAGUCAGCAGUGUUGCCAGCCACCAAGCCAGAGUCAGCAGAGCUGCCAGCAGCCAAGCCAGAGUCAGCAGGGCUGCCAGCCGCCAAGCCAGAGUCAGCAGGUCAGCCAGCCGCCAAGCCAGAGUCAGCAGUGUUGCCAGCCACCAAGCCAGAGUCAGCAGGGCUGCCAGCAGCCAAGCCAGAGUCAGCAGGGCUGCCAGCUGCCAAGCCAGAGUCAGCAGGGCUGCCAGCCGCCAAGCCAGAGUCAGCAGGGCUGCCAGCCGCCAAGCCAGAGUCAGUAGGGCUGCCAGCCACCAAGCCAGAGUCAGCAGUGUUGCCAGCCACCAAGCCAGAGUCAGCAGGGCUGCCAGCUGCCAAGCCAGAGUCAGCAGGUCAGCCAGCCGCCAAGCCAGAGUCAGCAGGGCUGCCAGCCACCAAGCCAGAGUCAGCAGGGCUGCCGGCUGCCAAGCCAGAGUCAGCAGAGCUGCCAGCCACCAAGCCAGAGUCAGCAGGGCUGCCAGCCACCAAGCCAGAGUCAGCAGGGCUGCCAGCCGCCAAGCCAGAGUCAGCAGGGCUGCCAGCCACCAAGCCAGAGUCAGCAGAGCUGCCAGCCGCCAAGCCAGAGUCAGCAGGGCUGCCAGCCGCCAAGCCAGAGUCAGCAGGGCUGCCAGCCACCAAGCCAGAGUCAGCAGGGCUGCCAGCCGCCAAGCCAGAGUCAGCAGUGUUGCCAGCCACCAAGCCAGAGUCAGCAGGGCUGCCAGCCGCCAAGCCAGAGUCAGCAGUGUUGCCAGCCACCAAUCCAGAGUCAGCAGGGCUGCCAGCCGCCAAGCCAGAGUCAGCAGGGCUGCCAGCCGCCAAGCCAGAGUCAGCAGGUCAGCCAGCCGCCAAGCCAGAGUCAGCAGGGCUGCCAGCCGCCAAGCCAGAGUCAGCAGGGCUGCCAGCCGCCAAGCCAGAGUCAGCAGAUCAGCCAGCCACCAAUCCAGAGUCAGCAGGGCUGCCAGCCGCCAAGCCAGAGUCAGCAGGGCUGCCAGCCGCCAAGCCAGAGUCAGCAGGGCUGCCACCAGCAUCAAUUACACCUGUCCCAGUGUUCCUCAAGUAA